AUGUUUGCGGUCCAAUUUGACGCCGCGGGUAUCUACCUCGUCGGUACGCCGAGAGAACAAUUCCACGUCUCCUUCGAAGAAAUGAUAGCUUUCAAGGCAGGCAUCAUCGGUCUCCUGGAAUAUGGUGUCACAUGGAAGGUAUCGAAAGCAGUUGCAAGCCGAAUAAGACAUCGACUAUGGAACCGUGCUGAAACAGCCAUGGAGACACAACCCGCACUGUGGAUUGACAACUCGGGACCUGCGUUAUAUGAGAUCCGCCAUGGGAUAGAGUCAAUUCUCGUUACUCCACAGGACUUGGAGUGUUCUCGGUUCGGCAGGGCGAUUAAAAGAUAUUGGGAUAUGGGGAUGACCGAGCCUAGCACGCGAUCUACUAUACAGAUGCUGCUCGAGGCAUUCUUUAUUGGCCUUUGGAGGAAUGUGCUUCGCAAACUGAAGUUCAAGAAGUAUUGA